GGGAACAAAAACUCUUACGAACCAUCAUKAGGAAAAAGAAAGAAACCUUAAAAUUCAAGGUAGAAACCGACCUUACCAGCUGCAUCAUUACUUGUUGAAUCUAGUAGUACACCCAGCUUGUGAAGAGAUACAAAACGAAGAACAAUGCAAGCAACAGUAACACGUUUCGUGUUCGCCACCGCUGUCAUUGCUGCUGGCUGCAAUGCCUUUGUUCCGAUCACAACAACGUUAUCGUCGGCGCGACAAGGCACCACGAAGGAUGGGGAUGAUGUGCUCUUGCGGGCUUCGGAAGAAGAUUCCUCUUGGUCGUCCACAUCUACCGAUGUCUCUGGGAAUGCCGUUAUUGAAAGAACUAUUCUUCCCGACGGAGUCAUCMUCAACGAGAAACUCGUCCUAAGAGACAUUACGCCCGAGGAACGGGGAAAGGGUGGCGUCGAAGUUGGCCAGGGUGGAAAGAUCAAGGCACUGGAAGUAUUGGCACGCAUCCCCCGUGAUUUGAUCAUCUCGACACUCGAUGUUCCCGAUCGUGCGAUAGAAGCCGCUUCUGGAGCUAGAAAUCUGACCUGGGCAACCGACCUCACCGCCGCUUCACUAKCGGCAUUGCAUCCGAUCGAGGAAGAGCUUGCUGCUUCUGCCUCUGUCCAAGCGAGAAAAGAAUGGGUGCAGUCGUGGCAAGCCGGGGGAUGGGCUACGGACGGAGCUGAUCUCGGGCCACCCGACGCCAACUUCGGAUCGAAGGACGUGACCGGUUCAUUGCUAUCCACGGGAACGGACAACGACCACAAUAUCUACGCCAAAUUCCGCAUGCCCUGUCAUCCUGUUUUGUUGCGCGCYUCACUGGGAUUGSAGGUUUUGACGAAAUGCACCGAGGAARAAGCCCGCGAGGCAUUGACGGCACGUGGAUUCACGUAUCGAAGCAUGAGGGAUGCUCUGGAACCCCUGGUCCUCGAAUCGACGGAACGAGCGAAGGGGUCCAAACGGGAAAAACGGUGCUGGGAUGUGGCGGAUACCCUUAGCCGGGUCUUGUCGAGAGCGACCACGCUGCAGCUCGAAGAGACCAACGAUAGCGAAGAACUUUCUCUCGCCUAUGCUAUUGUUCCCCUCCACGAGCAAUUGGAACACUCCGUGAAAGAAAACUCGAAGCUGGUAUCCAACAACAAUGGAGACGAAAUCUUGCUUGUCGCGACCAGAGACAUCGGCGAGGGAGAAGCCAUCACCCGGGAUUACAAUUCGAGCCCAAAGCUGCUCAACGACAAAUCCGAGGGAGCCCUCCAUCUCUUGUUGCAGUUCGGUCUUCCACCCAAGGCAUGGCCCAAUUCCCCRAACUGAGCUUACGAGGGUUUUCUCGAUGCCCUCACGAAAAUUGAAGCUAUCCCGUUAAUACGAGUUUGCGAUCGAUAGAAAAUAAAUGAAUAAUUGAAGU